UAGUGAUUUUUGUACUAUUUUUGACAGACUUGACAUCCCAACUGCAACAACAAACAACAAUAAUAAUUUAUUAAUUUUUAUGUUUAAACAUUCUUUUAUCAUGGAAAUAAUUAGGAUUUAGAAUUAGACAGCAAAGUUAUUGCUACACCCUUUAUUUAUAAGAUGAAUUUAGAAUUGUUGGAAUCUUUUGGGCAGAACUACCCUGAAGAAUUCGACGGCACUUUAGACUCACUCUCAAUCGCUGUAACAUGUGCUUUUAACAAACGCGGGACACUUCUUGCAGUGGGUUGUAACGACGGCAGAAUCGUAAUAUGGGACUUCCUGACGCGAGGCAUUGCAAAAGUAAUAUCAGCUCAUGUUCACCCUGUUUGCAGUAUCAGUUGGUCGCGAACUGGCUACAAAAUUGCGUCUGCAUCAACAGAUAACACUGUCUGUAUUUGGGACAUCCUUUCAGGAGAAUGCGAACAGAAAUACCGCUUUCCAUGCCCAGUUUUAAAGGUUCAGUUUGAACCCAGAAGCAUGGAAAGGCUUCUUGUGUGUCCUAUGAGACAUGCGGCGGUUUUAGUUGACACAAAUGGAGGACAUAAAGUUUUACCAAUUGAUGAGGAUGGUGACUUGAAUAUUUCUGCUUCGUUUGAUAGAAGAGGUGAUUAUGUGUACACUGGUAACGCGAAAGGGAAAGUCUUAGUUUUGGAUUCAAGAACGUUGGAAGUUAAAGCUAGUUUUAGGAUUAUUUUGGGAACGUCAAGUGCAACCGCGGUGAAAAGUAUUGAAUUUUCAAGGAGGGGAGACUGGUUUUUGAUAAAUACAGCAGAUAGAGUAAUCCGUGUUUAUGACAGUAAGGAAGUUCUGGCAUGUGGGAAGGACGGGGAACCAGAACCUAUCCAAAAAUUGCAAGAUUUGGUCAACAAGACAAUGUGGAAGAAAUGUUGUUUUUCCGGAGAUGGUGAAUACAUUUGUGCAGGAUCAGCAAGACAACACGCGUUGUACAUUUGGGAAAAAUCAAUCGGCAAUCUGGUGAAAAUUCUUCAUGGAACAAAAGGAGAGUUGCUUUUAGAUGUUGCGUGGCAUCCAGUCCGGCCCAUUAUCGCUAGCAUUUCUUCCGGUGUUGUAAGUGUUUGGGCACAAAAUCAAGUAGAAAACUGGUCAGCAUUCGCCCCAGACUUCAAAGAAUUGGACGAAAACGUUGAAUAUGAUGAAAGAGAAAGUGAAUUUGAUAUAACAGAUGAAGAUAAAUCAGUUGCCAGUGGUGGAGACGAUAAGGAAGAUACUGAUAUGGAAGUUGAUGUAUGUUCUGUUGAACCCGUCCCAGCUUUUUGUAGUUCUGAUGAAGAAAAUGAAAAUACAGGUUGUCUUCAGUUUUUACCAAUUGCCCCAGAAAUAGAGGAUCCUGAAGAUGCGUGGACGCCUGCUGAUACUAAUUUACCUCCAGCAGGACAAGGAAGCGGACCUCCACCUGCUAAAAAGAAAAAAUACAAGUCUUAUGAUGUUGCUCUUGAAAACACAAGUGAUGCAGAAAUUCAUCCAUUACUCAGCAGCAAGACUAAAGAUAAACAAGUGAUGGGUGGGAAGAAGGCGGCAGGACGGCCUAGAAAAUAAUUUUUUAAAUCUAUCAUUUAUUACGUUUUAUUUAGAAUCAAUUGUCUUUAUUGUGCUGUCGUAAAAUAAAAAGUAUACUUUCA